AUGGUUGAAGAUAAUCACACAUUUGCAUCUGAGUUUAUUCUCCUGGGCAUCACAAACCAAAAAGACCUGCAGGUGACUUGCUUUGUCUUACUCCUUGUCAUCUAUGUGGUCACUCUACUGGGAAAUCUGGGAGUAAUCAUAUUAAUCAGAAUGGAUUUGUGCCUGCACACCCCCAUGUACUUCUUCCUAAGCCACUUGUCUCUCCUGGACAUCUGCUACUCCUCUACCAUCAUCCCUCAAACCUUGCUGAACAUUUUAGUGGAACGGAAGGUCAUUUCUUUUGUUAGUUGUGCCACACAGCUCUUCUCCUUUGCAACUUGUGCCACCACUGAGUGCUACGUGCUGGCUGCCAUGGCCUAUGAUCGUUACUUGGCCAUCUGCAAGCCCCUGCUUUACCCAGUAGUCAUGUCCCAGAGGCUUUGCCUCGGCAUGUUGGCUGGUGCCUACUUAGUUGGUGGGGUCAGUUCCACCAUACACACCAUUUCCAUAUUUCGUCUCCCGUUCUGCCAGUCCAAGAAGAUCAACCAUUUCUUCUGUGAUGGACCACCACUGCUGGCCCUCUCCUGCUCUGAUGCCCGUGUCAGUGAGGCAACGGUUUCUGCCGUGGUGGGAUUCAAUGUCCUAAGCACUAUGGUCUUCAUCUUAGCCUCCUACUUGUCGGUCCUCUCUAAUGCCUUAUGGAUGCACUCUGUAGCCAGUCGGCACAAAGCCUUCUCCACCUGUGCCUCUCACUUGGCCUCCAUUGCUUUGUACUACGGCAGCUCCAUCUUUGUGUACCUACAUCCUGUCUCCAGACGCAGCUUGGGACGUGACAAGGUGGUCUCCAUGCUGUACUCUGUUGCAGUCCCUCUGCUGAACCCCCUCAUCUACAGCCUAAGAAACAGGGACAUGAGGAACGCCAUGAGGAAAGCAAAAGGUAGAGUCCUCUCCUCCUUGUCCAUCUGCGGCUUCUGUUCAGCUGAAAGCCGAGGGCUACCCUUGCAUGGGAAGGAGGGUUAG